AUGCUACUUUUACUUAUCGUUACCGCUGUUUUCGUAACAUCAAUAGCUGGCGAUUCAUGCGAAUCGUAUGCUCACCCAACAUAUGGUAAAACUGGUCGAUGUAUAAAAACAUCUGAUUGUCCAAAUAGUCUUUACAUAUCGAAUUUAUGUGAAAGUCAACCAGCAGAUAUUAAAUGUUGUUUUUCACCAUCAGCACCAACACCAAAUUGUCCUAGUAUUGUUAGUCGUUCUGAGUGGGGUGCACGAGCACCGAAAAGUACAACCGGAAUGGCAAAAUCAUUACCAUAUGUUGUUAUACAUCAUACAACGGGUGGUACAUGUACAGCUAAAAGUGCAUGUAUUGUAAAAAUGAAAGGUUUUCAAAACUAUCAUAUGGAUUCAAAUGGUUGGGAUGAUAUUGGAUAUAGCUUUUUAGUUGGUGAAGACGGUAAUAUUUAUGAAGGUAGAGGUUGGACAUAUGUAGGUGCACAUACUUAUGGUUACAAUUCGCAAUCAAUUGGUAUUUCGGUUAUUGGUGACUAUAUGUCACAAAAACCGAAUGCUGCAGCAAUCAAUUCAGUUAAAGCAUUAAUCGAAUGUGGCAUUUCACGAGGUUAUAUCAGCCGUGCUUAUACUCUUCGUGGACAUCGAGAUCUUGAUAGUACAUCUUGUCCUGGUAAUGCUUUUUAUAAUGAAAUUAAAACAUGGACAAAUUAUCGAUCACUUGUUCGUUCCAAUGCGAGCCCUCAAUUCAAUGUACCGGAAGAUUAUCUUGUUAUGCAAGAUAUGUAG